GCCCCCCAUGGGCUGCUCGCUAUAUAGCCGCGGCACCGAGCUCCUCCUGCAGCAACAGCGGAGCUGAGUCACCUGCGGCAGGAGCAAGCGCCAGAGCCACGCGAGCCAGUCUGGGACGGCAGGACAGAGCUUUAAAAAAAAAAUGAUAAAAAUGAUGCCCUUUUUCAACAACAGUCCUUUUGGGAUGGGUAAGAUUUCUAAGGACUGCGUCACUGGAGUAAAGCCGCCUGGAAAACCUUCUACAUCAUCAGAAUCUGAGCCAGAUACUGUAUCUAUUGAAUCAGCUGUGGAAGAGACCCAGCCAAAGGAAGAGGUGAAAACUGAAAGCCGAGGACAAGAUUCUGCUCUCGGAGACUCACAUGCACCUUCCACUGAAGCCAAUGGGAGCUGUCCUCCUUCAUCUGAGUACAGAGAUAGUCCCAAAAAGAAGGGAAUAAAGGGAAAACUAAAAAAUGCCUUUUUCAAUUUUGGUCAGAAGAUAGUGAAUCCAACAGAAAAGGAUGGAGCAGUGACAGACAAGAAGCCACUGACAGUUGAACAAAUCAGAGAGCAUCUUGAAAGUGACCAAUUCUUCGAUGCCACUCAACAUCUGAUUGCUCUGGAGUGGGCCCUUUAUAACAACUUAGGUGGCAAGAGUGAAGAGGAAUUGUCAAGGGAGCAAAGCACCGUGGAAUCGCUCUAUGAACUACUGAAGAGUAAAGUCUUCAGCAUCAUAAAGAAUUCGAUAAUCCUAGCGCCAUCUAAUCCAAAAUUACUACGGCAUGCCGUGUACGCAAUAGAAGAGCAGGAGGUGGAGGAUGAGAGAUACAAGUCAGAGAAGCCACCUGACAAGAGCGUGAGUUACAGACCCAGAAAAUGGAAGGAGGUUUGGAUGGACACAGUGAAGCAGUCUGUAGCUGAUCGUAUGAAAGACGUCCAGCGCACUAGCUCUGCUGAGAACCUGUCUACAACUGCUCAUUGCUUUCUGCAUAUGGGAAGGACAAUGAAAGAGGAUAUGAUAACAGUGGUGGAAUGCAUUAAACAACAUUACCAUGCACAGUUUAACGUAUGCAACACGUAUGCAGAAUGUUACCAUAGCUAUUUCUCUUCUCAGCUGCAGCUGAUUGCUGAGUUUGAACUGGGAGAUAAGGACGUAUAUCUCCUCCUCAUCUGGGUGCAGAACUUUUAUCCAAAUGACAUAAGAAAAAAUUCCAUUUUAGUGAAAGAGUUGGAUGAAGCCAAACUGGGGAGCCUGUUGCCACCCAGAAUGAUCAAACAGCUUGAAGUUAAAUACCUGUUUAAUGAAGCGGCCUCUAUCAAGAACUGGCUGGCCAAGAGUUUAGAAAUGGAAGUAAAGAGGUGGACAGAAGAGAAAGAACCAGAAAAACUGGAUGGACAUUUUCAUAGUGAAUUAGCCAUAGAUGUCAUCCAGACUAUUCAUGGAGGACAAAAGCGAGCUGCAGAAAUUACACCUGAACUGGGCAAACAACUGUCCAUUGUACUGUUGGUGGAGCUGUCAACAUUUUUGAAAAGCUACCAGAAGGCCUUAGAAGAAUUUAAAGAGAAAAACAAGCAGCACAGCUAUUUCAAGGCUACAAUAAUUGCAAAUAUUAACAACUGCAUGAAUUUUAGAGACCACACAGAGAAAACCACACCAUCAGCACAAGACAGCACAAGAUUAAAAAUACUUGGCGCACUUAGUGAAAUAGAGAACAUUGGCUAUGAUGUACUGCUUCAAGAUUUGUUUCUGGAGUUAAAGCCUAUUUUUAGAAAGUUCACCCAAAGUAAAUGGCUUUCGUGCAGUGAAACGAUGAAUGAAAUCAUUCAGGCCACCAGCAACCACCUUUCAGAAUUCAAGACUCUCCAUGACCCCUUUUAUCAGGGCAUUAUGGAGAAGAUUCAUGGUCACUUGGUGAGAGAAUACAUUGUGAGGCUAAUUAAGAAGAAAGUCAGUUUGAAAACCCCAGAACUACAGCAAAACUUGUCAAAUCUCAUUUCAGCUCACGCCUCCCACUUGCAAAGCUUCUGCAAAGAGAAGGGGUCCAAGGCCACGUGGUUGGAUUCUGCACUCCCAAAACUGGCUGAAAUAAUCAGACUUCAGGAUUCAAAUGGCAUUAAAAUAGAAGUUGCUACGCUUGCUAAUACAUACCCAGAUAUCAGCAAAAAGCACGUUGCUGCCAUCUUGUACAUCAAGGGAAACUUGCCGAACAGUGAAGUGAGAAGCAUCCUGAGCAUCCUGGAUGUCAGCACAAAGUUCACCACUUCCUGUGAAUCUCUGUUCUCAGCUAUAAAGAUUUCCUAGGCUUGAUCCCUGCA